AGCAGGCGGCAGUCGCUCCAGCGGCACUGAACGCACCGGACAGACCUCGCAGCCGAGGUAGUGGCCGGCGACAAAGCGCACGCGAGACUUUCAAGAGAAUUUCAAGCCAGGACAGACCGUUGUCUCCAACAAUGGUAGUGGCCGAAAAAGCGACCGACCCCAAGUCGAGCACCACCAUGCUCUGGGUGCAGGCGUCCGCCCUCCAGCAGCAGUUCCACCAAUGCGAGGUCCACGAAAAGGGCACCGAGUGGUACUACAUCCCGCGUCCCUCCCUAUCUCUUCCUUCGCGAACCUCGAGUCGUCGCGUGUCGGAGGACUCGUCAGGGAAACACAGCUGGAACAACUCCAGACACUCUAGUCUCGCCUUCUCCACGCACCCUGGCGUGCACGGCAACGGGGGCGCCUCGUCCUCUUCCGCCUCCUCGGCCAGUUCCCAGCUCAGUGACAACAGCGGCCAACCCUUGGUGAACGCCGCGACCUGGUUGCCCCCUCACCCCCCUGCACUCAUCAUCACAAAGGACGUGAUUUCCAAGCACGACCCUGAAUUGGGUGGCGAAAUUGCAUCCGUCAGUAAAAAGUGCGACGCCGACAGCAUCUCGCUGGCUUCGUCGACGCACUUCACCAUGAUCGGCGGCGCCAGUGCGAGAGGGCGCCGAAGAAGUGGCUGUUGCAGCCAUUCACACCGAAUCACAGCCCUCGUGCUCACCAUGAGUGUCAUUUUCCUAGUUGGUAUCACCGUCGCAGUCAUUCUUAUGGAAAUGCGGAUCAAGUACUACAACGUGCGGUGAUGGCGGGUCGCCGUGGUCGUUCAAGUUGAGUGAGGCGCCUGGGCGCUUCGCUUGCGUGACAAGCUCGUGAUCCACUGUGUGCUACUGUAUUUUACAAAUCCUUUAGUUUGUAAAAGAAAAACUUCGUCAACUGAUAAAUUUGGAAGCCUUAGAAGCACAUUUAUUUAUUCUCAAACUUCUGUUUAAGUCUAUUUAUAAAAGUAAAUAAAAACCACGGUGAAAAUAAAUAUUC